AUGCUGAAUCACUAUGCAAAGUUCAUGCCUAACCUUGCAAGUACAGUGGCACCACUGUAUGAUCUUCUGAAGAAGGACAAGGACUGGUACUGGUCAAAGAAGGAACAAAAAUCAUUCCAGGGAUCAAAAGAGUUCUUAAUCAACGAUACCUUCCUGGUGCACUACAGUUUGGAUAAACCUUUGGUACUAUCCUGUGAUGCUUCACCAUACGGAGUUGGAGCUGUGCUGCAGCACCGCAUCAAUUCGGAAGAGAGACCUGUGGCAUACGCUUCUCGAAAACUGACGAGCACAGAACAAAACUACUCACAGUUGGAAAAAGAAGGACUUGCCAUUGUCUUUGGAGUGUCAAAAUUCAGACAAUACCUGCUGAGACGUCAUUUCACGCUGGUGACAGAUCAUCGUCCAUUACUGAGAUUGUUCUCGCCUUCAAAGGAAACUCCAGUGAUGGCUGCAUCGCGCAUCAAAAGAUGGGGACUGAUACUUGCUUCAUUCAACUACGAGAUUGAAUACAGAACCUCUAAGCAGAAUGCUCCAGCUGAUGGGUUGUCACGACUGCCCCUCAUAUCAGAGCAAGAUGACAGUGGAGAUCACAACAGUGAGUUGAUCCUUCUGAUCAAUAGGUUUGACGAAGAAUUGCCUAUCACUGCAAGGCAAGUUGCUAUGGGAACUGGGAAAGACCCAGUGUUACGACAAGUUCGAUUGCUCACACUGGAAGGAUGGCCACAGUAUAUUGAGGGAGAUCAAACAGACUUGAAGCCAUAUUUCCAGAGAAAAUUGGAACUGAGUGUGGAGCAAGGUGUUGUCUUAUGGGGCACAAGAGUAGUUAUCCCAAGUGACUUCAGAGAGGCACUGUUGGAAGAGCUGCAUGGUGAACAUUCAGGAAUGGUCAGAAUGAAGUCGGUGGCCAGAUCAAUCAUGUGGUGGCCAGGACUAGACAGUCAGAUUGAGGAAAAGGUGAGACAAUGUCUUGAUUGCCAGGAGAUAGCAAAUCAACCUGCAGCAGCUCCGCCGACAAGUUGGAAGUGGCCAUCAUCGCCAUGGUCACGACUUCAUAUCGACUUUGCCGGACCAUUCCAAGGACACUCCUUCUUAGUCGUGGUGGAUGCACAUUCCAAAUGGAUGGAAGUUAUUCCAUUAUCGUUAACCACAGCCACAAUCACUAUCAAGCAUCUCAGAAAAAUCUUCGCAACAUUUGGUCUUCCAGAGCACAUUGUAUCCGACAAUGGGGCACAGUUUACCUCUGGAGAAUUCCAGACAUUCUUGAGGAGGAACAACAUUCGUCACACUAGGACAGCGCCAAACCACCCAGCUACUAAUGGACAAGCCGAGAGAGCUGUGGAAUCUUUCAAGAUGGCACUAAAGAAAAUGAAAAACCAAACAGGUGAUGUUCAUGACAAACUGCAGAGGUACUUAUUCUCAUACAGAACGACUGUCCAUGCUGCAACAGGGAAGACCCCAGCUGAGUUGCUCAUGAGGCGCUCAUUACGAACUAGGUUAUCAGCGUUGAGACCGACACGAGAAGGAUUGAUGAUAAAAAAUGAUGAUGCAGAAACUGAAGUGCCAAGAUUCUUCAAUGUGGGACAAGCUGUCUUUGUUUUGAACUUUGGAGUUCAAGGCUCAAGAUGGGUACAGGGGACAGUUUUGGAACGACUGGGUGAUAGGAAUUAUCAUGUCUCCGUCGGACAACAGGUGUGGAAGAGACAUGUUGACCAGAUGAGACCACGUCUGGAAGUUUCACGACAGUCAGUACAAGGUAGCCCGGAGAUGUCAGUGUUUCUGGGAUCAGCAGAAAGCACAGUGAUGGCACAGAAACCAUGUGUUCUUGUGGGAUCUAAGGGGUUGACAGAACCAAAAGUGGAAAGUGAAGUCAACCAGAAGCAGGUGUCGGAUGCAGAAGAACUAAAGGAGAGGCGUUACCCUACCCGAGAUCGACGUCCUCCAGUUCGAUAUGAGUGUGAGAAGUGA